AUGACAGAGGUGUUGGUGGACGACGAUAACAAGAUGGCCAAUAUGGGCACUGAACCAACCAGACUUAAAAGGGCGCUGCUCAAGCUUUCAUACGGGUGGUCCAAUUUCGUGAACAAGCUGCGGGUGCUUUCCGAAGUGUGCUUGGAGUCAGACGAGAUCACACAGGAGCUUUUUGACGACACAUCCAGCUCGUCCACGGGAGUGGAGGAGUAUCAGCCCAUACAGCCGUCGGAGCUCAAAAAAGACCAGCUAGAACACAAACUUGCCCUGGACGACAGAGAGACGGCGUCUAGUGGGUCGCCAAACAUGGCCACGCGGCUCACCUCGCCGUCCACCAGCGCUUUGAGUGGGGAUUCCGAAACCAAAUGCCAAGAGGAGGAAGACAGCCUUACACCAUUUGCAGGCGGCGAAGCGUUGUGGAACAUCCAGCACGAGCGGUGGUUGAAGCCAAAAGAGGAGUACAGCAGCCUGGAGGGCGAGCUGAAGUUGCAAAAACGCAUGAAAUCCCAAGAUUUGAAACACCAUGUUCUCCUGAAGGAUUACUAUAUAAUAUAUCGCAAUUUGGUGGUUGACGGCAAGAGUUUGAAGAGACCGAUGAAUCUGAGGGAUUUGUUGCGUGUGGUUGAGGCCGGCUGGAACUGGACACGGGUCCAUGAUAAUUCCCAGCGGUCGCGGGCUUAA